AUGGCAGCACAGGGGAUGCCGGACUUGUCCAAUGCCAUUGUGGCUCAAGAUGAAAUGGGCAGACCAUUCAUCAUUGUGAGAGACCAAGGUAAAAAGCAGAGGAAACAUGGCGUCGAAGCCACCAAAUCUCACAUCUUGGCAGCUAGAUCCGUGGCCAGUAUCGUCAAGACUUCCUUGGGACCCAGGGGGCUUGACAAGAUCUUGAUCAGUCCGGAUGGAGAUAUAACCAUCACCAACGACGGCGCCACCAUUUUGUCGCAAAUGGAUUUGGACAAUCAAAUUGCCAAGCUAUUAGUUGAGUUGUCCAAGUCGCAGGACGAUGAAAUCGGCGAUGGUACCACGGGAGUCGUUGUUUUGGCUAGCGCAUUGUUGGACCAGGCUUUAGAGUUGAUUGAAAAGGGAAUACACCCCAUCAAGAUUGCCAAUGGGUUCGACGAGGCGUGCAAGAUUGCCGUGGAGCAGUUGGACAGAGUAGCCGAUGCAUUGACGAUCUCGGAUAAAUGCAACUUGUUGAAAGCUGCAAAGACUUCGUUGGGCUCAAAGAUUGUUUCUAAAGCACACGAUCAGUUUGCCAAUAUGGCGGUGGACGCUGUUACCGACGUUGCCGACUUUGACAGAAAAGAUGUCGAUUUCGAGUUGAUCAAGGUUGAAAAGAAAGUCGGUGGAUCCAUCGAAGACUCGGAGCUCAUCAAAGGUGUGCUAUUAGAAAAAGACUGGAGUCAUCCCCAAAUGCCCAAAGUGGUCAGGGACUGCAGAAUUGCCAUUUUGACGUGUCCGUUUGAGCCACCAAAGCCCAAGACAAAGCACAAGUUGGACAUCUCCAACGUGGAGGAGUUCAAAGCGUUGCAAGAAUACGAGCAAAUGAAGUUUCAGCAGAUGAUAGAUCUAGUCAAGGCUUCAGGGGCAAAUGUGGUUGCUUGCCAGUGGGGGUUUGACGACGAGGCCAACCACUUGUUAUUGGCCAAUGGGUUGAAUGCCAUCAGGUGGAUAGGCGGCUCCGAGCUCGAACUACUUGCUAUAGCUACCAAUGGUCGUAUUGUGCCUCGAUUUGAAGACUUGAGCCCCGAGAAAUUGGGCAAAGCUGGCCUUAUUAGAGAGUUGGAGUUUGGAACUACAAAGGACCGUAUGUUGGUGAUUGAGGAGUGCUCAAACACCAAAGCAGUCACCUGUUUCAUCAGAGGUUCCAACGAGAUGAUUGUGGCCGAGGCCGUGAGGGCUCUCCACGACUCCUUAUGCGUGGUUAGAAACCUCAUCAGAGACAACAGGGUCGUUUAUGGAGGCGGUGCAGCCGAAUUGACGUGCUCGCUCGCGGUGUCUGAGGCCGCCGACAAGCAAAAGGGCAUCGACCAGUAUGCAUUCCGAGCAUUUGCAGCCGCCUUGGAUACCAUCCCCUUGACCCUAGCUGAGAACUCUGGGUUAGACCCAAUUGAAACAUUGAGCAACUUGAAAGCUAAACAAGCGCACGAAAACAACUCGCAUUUGGGUGUCGACUGUCUAGGUAAGGGCACCAACGACAUGAGAGAACUAUUUGUCAUUGAUCCGUUGAUUGGCAAGAAACAACAAUUGUACUUGGCUACGCAAUUGACAAGGAUGAUUUUGAAAAUCAACGAUGUUAUAAUCAGUGGCGCUGACGAUUAUUAG